AUGAAAGCUACGAGUUUUUAUAGAGCAGACGACGAGUCAUUCGAGGACCCCUUCAUUAUCCGUCUUUACGUCAAAGACUAUAACCCGUAUACCUCUGAACCUGUUUGUGCCGAUUACAAUGUGGAUGCACCAAACGCUGUUGCCGAAUACAGAUGUAAAGGAACGGGUCAAUACGUCUAUGUGAUAGACACCGAAUCGGGACCCAAUCCCGAGUUCCCUAAUUUUGAUGGUCUAGAACGGGUUGAAAGCACACCCAUUUUCUAUGUACACCACGCAGAUGAUUGUAGCUCUGCUUGA